AUGCAGCUUUCCAACAUUUUCGCUAUCUUGGCCAUUGCCAUUUCGGUCAACGCCCAAGCCGGCAACACCUAUGACAGCGACUCUCUAGUUGCUCGAUCGGACCCCCGAUUGAGCCCUGGUUCGUCGGGGGUCGUAACUGGCGGCAAAGGCCCCCAGCGUGGCGCCCAGCGUUCCCAGCGUAUCGCCCAACAUGCCGCUUCCCACAAGGCCUGCCACCGACGGGGUGGUAGAUUGGUUGCUCGCGCAGACUCAGAUACUGGUUCGUCUUGUGUCACUACUGUCGAUGACGACGACUCCUCCGUACAGGGUCAAGAUAUCGGCGGCGGUGGUUAUGACUCUGAUGGCUCCGUUAACAACUAUUGA